ACUAUUUUGGUCUUUACUCGAUGCCGUAGUGUGGGAGUAACUAGGAAGUGAAGCGGUAACUAUGGAAAACGACUGCAGAGACGAUUCAAAAAUUAGAGUUACGUAAUUCACAUUCAUGGCUCUUCCGACAUUGUCGACCCAUUUGUCCAGUCGGUCCCGCAUGGCGGCCGAUCAGUUGUCCCGGAGGCGGGAGCAGGAGGCGCGGUGGCGGCAGCAGUGGGAGAUGCACGCUCGGUACUUCAGAGAGCAAAACCUCCACAGCCUGAGGCAGGCGGCGUGGGGCUCACGGAGCUCCUUCCAUCAGAGUAUGUCAGCAUACCAUAAUCAGAGACUGCAAGAGGAAAAGAAGGCCAAUCUGGAGCAACGCAGGGAUCGGCUCAGGGCCAUGCUUCAAGGGGAGCGAGACCAGCUGGAGGCGGAGCUCCGGGCCCUGGUUCCUGACAGGAACACACUGAAAAGUCGGCUGGUGCAGAAAACUGAAGAGCUUCGUACGGCAAGAGAGGACAGAAAGAAAAAGCUGGCACAGGAGCUGCUGAAGGAACACUGGAGGAAAAACAGCCCAGAACUGAGAGAGGCUGAGUCAGCGUUGCAUAAAGAUUAUGUUGUCAGCCAGUGGCAGGAGCAGAUAUCUGAGAAGAAACAGAAAGAAGUGACGGAGCAGGAGGAGAAGAGACACUUUGAAAACGAGUAUGAGAGGAGUAGAAAGGAGGCUCUGCAGAGGAUGAAGCAAGCGGAGGAGAGAAAGAAGGAGGAGGAACGGAAGACGGCAGAAGAGCUUCGCAAACAGAUGGAAGAGCUCUACCUGAGAGAGGAAGAGGCCACACGUCUAAAAAAGGAGCAGGACGCUCUGCUGCACCAACAGUGGGAGUUAGAGAAGAUAGAGGAAGAGAGGAGGAAGAUGGAGGAAAGGCAGAAAAAGACUGAAAUUAGACAUUUUCUCAUCCGUCAAUAUCGAGCUCAGAUGAAGAGGAGAGCCCAGCAAGUUCAAGGAGAGCUGGAGGCAGACCGUAGGAUCCUGGCAGCUUUGCUGGAGGGGGAGCAGGAGGAAAUGAAGCUGGAGACGGUACGGAGAGAGCGAGCUGUUGCUGAUGCUGCCUGGAUGAAACGUGUGAUUGAAGAGCAGCUGAAGUUGGAACGACAGAGAGAGGCUGAGUUUGAAAGCCUUCACAGAGAGGAGGCCCAACGUGUUUGGGAGAGGCGGGAGGCUCAGUGGGAGAAGGAGAGGAAAGCCAGAGAACGGCUCAUGCGGGAGGUGCUUAUGGGGAGACAGCAACAGCUGGAGCUGAAAAUGCAGAAAAACAGAGAGGCCCAGGAGGAAUCCUUGAAAAGACGAGAAGAGUUGAUCCAAGAACUGGAGCUCGAGAGGGAGCUAAGACGGCAGGAGAAGGAGAAAGAAGAGGGUCGUCAGACAGCAAGGGCAAAGGACCUAAAAGCUCAGAUGGAACAGCACCAGCAAGAACAGUUGGAGGAGCAGCACUUGAUGGAGCAGGAGGAGGAGGAGAACAGAAAGGCCCUUGAAAUCCAAAAGCAGGAGUUAAGGCUGGAGAUGCAGAGCAUGGCUGAGAAAGGCUACCAGGAAAAGAUUCACAGCAGGCCACGGUCAGCUUGGACGUGAAGAACCCACAAGACUCAACCCUCUGGGCUUCAGAAUGAGCUUUAAUAGACAAAGGACUCCCUUAUGUCCACAAAGGGCUGAGUUCAGCCAUUGGGACAUUUUGUCAUUGCUAAUUGCCAAUCUAAUAGGUCUAAAGUAUUUUAGAUGUAAAUUAUGAUUUUACAGAGGCUCAUAGGUGGCACAAAUUAGAAAAUAGCUUUAAAGGGGGACAGUGUUUGAAAACUCCAGUAAGCAUUUGAGAUCAUUUCCCAGACUGUCCUUAAUCUUUUGUUUGCACUAAGGGAGCUAUUUUUGAUCAAAACUCACAAACCUGUGCCUUUUCAUAGGGUGACGUGAGAGUUAAUGAAGAGUGAAGUAAGCUUUGAUUUUUUGUUGUUGAUGUGGGCCUAAUGCCAGUACUGACAAAAAUGUGAUUUUAUAUUUUGAGAUUUAUAUUUUGAGAGUUGUUUAGUGUUUUUUUUUUAAUCAAUUUUUUUAAAAUAAAACAGCUUUAAUUAAAA